AUGCAAGGCGCUGAGAUGGCAGAGAAGAUUCAGAUCAUGGGCUCAACGCCGGUCGAGGAGGAGCCCCUCUAUGGGCUCACCUACCUGCCGCGAAAAUUCAAGGUAGCUGUGGCAAUUCCUCCCAGCAACGAUGUGGACCUCUUCGCUCACUGUGCAGGUUUCAUUGCCAUCAUCCAGAACGGCAAGUUGCUAGGCUUUAACGUGGCUGUUGGUGGUGGCCUUGGCUUCACCCAUAACAACCAGAAGACUCAUCCUCGACUUGCGGACGUGAUCGGCUUCUGCAAACCCGGCGAUGCGAAGUAUGUGUGCGAGUGCAUCCUCACCGUUGCGCGUGAUUUCGGUGAUCGUACAGGGCGAAAGCAUGCACGGGUGAAGUACACCGUGGAAGACUAUGGCCCAGAGUGGUUCAAAGAGCAGGUGGAGGAUCGUCUGGGAUUCAAGCUCGAGCCUGCCAAGCCUUACAAGUUGGAGCACCGUGGUGACCUGCACGGCUGGGUGAAGGCCAGCGAUGGCACCUGGAGCUGCGGCCUUCUUGUCCCCAUUGGCCGAGUCAAGGAGAGCACCCGCGUGUGCAUCCGCAAGAUCGCCGAAGAGCUGAAGGGCAAGGGUGGUUUCCGCAUGACGUGCAACCAGUCCCUGGUUCUGGAGAACAUCUCCGAGGCCAAGAGACCGAUCAUCCAGAAGCUUCUGGAUGAGUACCAAGUGAUGCACAGCAAGGAGACCACAGUGAGUGGUCUUCGCCGCAACAUGGUUGCGUGCUCCAAGCUCAGCUUCGUUGCGCCAGCGUGA